GCCGUCAUGGUGCUGCAGAACAGCGGCCGACUGAAGGCGGGAGACCGGUGGGACCGGGACAACCAGCAGAACCAGCAAGAUGAUUCUUCAGCAAGUUCAGCUGCCAAGAGAUUGGAGCGCAGUCUGUGGACGGAUAAGAUUGAUGUUCAGUAUGGCUUUGAAAGAAUUCGGGAACCAGGAGAGAAGACAGGCUGGCUUAUUAACAUGCAUCCGAAUGAAAUUCUGGAUGAGGAUAAGCGUUUGAUUAGUGCUGUGGAUUAUUAUUUCAUACAGGAGGAUGGGAGUCGAUUCAAGGUGGCACUGCCAUACAAGCCUUAUUUCUACAUUGCCACUAAAAAGGGAUGUGAAAGAGAGGUAUCAUCUUUUCUUUCCAAGAAGUUCCAAGGAAAGCUGGCAAAACUAGAGACUGUACUGAAAGAAGACCUCGAUUUGCCAAACCACUUAGUGGGCCUGAAAAGAACUUACAUUAAAUUGUUGUUCCACUCUGUUGAUGACCUGGUGAAAGUGAGGAAAGAGAUAUCCCCUGCUGUGCGUAAAAACAAGGAGCGGGAUCAUGCCAGUGAAACCUACACAUCUAUGCUCUCUAGUGCUCUUGCUGGGACCACUACAGCUGGGGAUGAGGAGGGCCCAUCUAAGAAGAUCUCUAACCAGAUGGAAAACAUAGUGGACAUGAGAGAAUAUGAUGUUCCAUAUCACGUGCGACUCUCCAUUGACCUCAAAAUACAUGUAGCUCACUGGUAUAAUGUAAGAUAUCGUGGAAGUUCUUCCCCUCCAGAGAUCAUAAGAAGGGAUGAUCUAGUUGAAAGGCCAGAUCCAGUGGUCUUGGCAUUUGACAUUGAAACCACAAAACUGCCCCUGAAAUUUCCAGAUGCUGAAAGUGACCAAAUUAUGAUGAUCUCCUAUAUGAUUGAUGGGCAGGGCUACCUGAUCACAAACCGGGAGAUUGUGUCAGAGGACAUUGAAGAUUUUGAGUUCACACCAAAGCCAGAAUAUGAAGGGCCUUUCUGCAUAUUUAAUGAGCCAGAUGAGGCUCAUUUGAUCCAGCGCUGGUUUGAGCACGUCCAGGAGACAAAACCAAGCAUUAUUGUAACAUACAAUGGGGAUUUCUUUGACUGGCCUUUUGUAGAAACUCGAGCUGCAGUGCAUGAGAUGAACAUGCUUCAAGAGAUUGGCUUCGAGAAGGAUAGCCAGGGGGAAUACAAGUCCCCUUCCUGUAUUCAUAUGGAUUGCCUAAGGUGGGUGAAGAGAGACAGUUACCUCCCCGUUGGUAGUCACAACUUGAAAGCAGCUGCCAAGGCCAAGCUGGGCUAUGACCCAGUUGAGCUUGAUCCAGAGGAGAUGUGCCGCAUGGCUACUGAGGAGCCACAGGUCCUUGCAACAUACUCUGUUUCUGAUGCAGUUGCCACAUAUUACAUGUACAUGAAGUAUGUCCAUCCCUUCAUAUUUGCUCUGUGCACCAUUAUUCCAAUGGAGCCAGAUGAGGUCCUAAGGAAGGGAUCCGGGACACUUUGUGAGGCUCUGUUGAUGGUCCAGGCUUACCAUGCAAAUAUUGUUUUCCCCAAUAAACAAGAGACUGUAUUCAACAAGUUAACAGGAGAUGGUCAUGUAUUGGACUCAGAGACGUAUGUGGGAGGCCAUGUGGAGGCUUUGGAGUCUGGUGUUUUUCGUAGUGAUAUUCCUUGCCGUUUCAAAAUGAACCCAGCAGCAUUUGAUUUUCUGCUCCAGCGUGUUGAGCUAACACUGCGACAUGCUAUAGAGGAGGAGGAGAAAGUUCCACUUGAACAAGUCACUAACUUCCAAGAGGUCUGCGAUGAGAUAAAAAAGAAGUUGAACUCCUUGAAAGAGGUUCCAAACAGAAUAGAGUGCCCUCUUAUUUACCAUCUGGAUGUUGGGGCAAUGUAUCCCAAUAUUAUCCUAACAAACCGUCUGCAGCCUUCUGCCAUGGUUGAUGAAGCAACUUGUGCUGCUUGCGACUUUAACAAGCCUGGAGCAACGUGUCAGCGCAAGAUGGCGUGGCAGUGGAGGGGGGAAUUAAUGCCAGCUAGUCGCAGUGAAUAUCAUCGCAUCCAGCAACAGUUGGAAUCAGAGAAGUUUCCUCCUCUCUUUCCCGGGAAGCCACCACGUGCAUUUCAUAAUCUCAACCGGGAGGAGCAGGCCAAAUAUGAGAAGAAACGUCUUGCAGAUUACUGUCGAAAAGCCUAUAAAAAAAUUCAUGUGACCAGGCUGGAGGAGCGAGUCACCACCAUUUGCCAGCGGGAGAAUUCCUUCUAUGUGGACACUGUUCGAGCUUUCCGAGAUCGAAGAUAUGAGUUCAAAGGUCUGCACAAGGUUUGGAAGAAGAAACUAUCUUCUGCGAUCGAAAGUGGAGAUGCUGCUGAGGUGAAGCGAUGCAAGAACAUGGAGAUCUUAUACGAGUCUCUGCAGCUAGCUCACAAGUGCAUUCUGAAUUCAUUCUAUGGAUAUGUAAUGCGUAAAGGGGCGCGAUGGUAUUCAAUGGAGAUGGCUGGUAUUGUGUGCUAUACUGGUGCCAACAUUAUCACGCAAGCAAGGGAACUGGUUGAACAAAUUGGGAGACCACUAGAACUGGACACAGAUGGAAUCUGGUGUGUCCUUCCUAACAGCUUUCCAGAGAACUUUGUCAUCAAGUCCAAUAAUGCCAAGAAGCCCAAAGUCACCAUAUCAUACCCUGGAGCAAUGCUUAAUAUCCUUGUGAAGGAGGGAUUUACAAAUCAUCAGUACCAAGAGCUGAGUGACCCAUCCACACUUACUUACAUCACCCGCUCAGAGAAUAGCAUUUUCUUUGAGGUGGAUGGGCCUUACCUUGCCAUGAUCCUCCCAGCUUCCAAGGAGGAAGGGAAGAAGCUAAAGAAAAGGUAUGCAGUGUUUAAUGAAGAUGGCUCACUUGCUGAGCUGAAGGGUUUUGAGGUGAAGCGUCGCGGGGAACUGCAGCUGAUCAAGAUUUUUCAGUCCUCCGUGUUUGAAGCUUUCCUGAAAGGCAGUACAUUGGAAGAGGUGUAUGCAUCUGUAGCCAAAGUAGCAGAUUAUUGGUUAGAUGUGCUAUACAGCAAGGCUGCCAACAUGCCAGACUCAGAACUGUUUGAGUUGGUUUCAGAGAACCGAUCCAUGUCCCGACGCCUUGAGGAUUACGGAGAACAGAAAUCUACUUCCAUCAGCACUGCCAAACGUCUUGCAGAGUUUCUGGGAGACCAAAUGGUGAAAGAUGCUGGGCUGAGCUGCCGCUUUGUCAUCUCUCGCAAACCUGAGGGCUCACCAGUUACAGAAAGAGCCAUUCCUCUGGCAAUCUUUCAAGCAGAGCUGGGAGUCAAGAGACACUAUUUGCGCAAGUGGCUAAAAAAUUCUUCACUUCAAGACUUGGAUAUUCGCUCAAUAUUGGACUGGGAUUAUUACAUUGAGCGACUGGGCAGUGCAAUCCAGAAGAUUAUCACUAUUCCUGCAGCCUUACAACAGGUGAAGAAUCCUGUUCCACGUGUGCGGCACCCAGACUGGCUGCAUAAAAAGCUACUAGAGAAAAAUGAUAUUUUCAAGCAGAAAAGGAUUAAUGAACUGUUCACGAGUGAGGGCAAGAAGCAGGUAACUGCCCAGUUGCAGCAACCAGAAACCUCACAGACCCCAGACAUGGAGGAUUUUGGGAAUGGUAAACGUCUCCAGCCAGCAAUUCCCAUUAGCACAAAGAGGAAACGUGUGCCAACAGCUGAAGAGAGUCAAGGAGAUACUCAGGAUUUAACACUCACGCAGUCUUGGAGAGAGGUGCUGGGACCACCUCCACCACUGGGCACCAACAAGGAAGAGAGAAUAGUAUGGCUGCGUUACCACAAAAAGAAGUGGGAGUUGCAAGCACGACAGCGGAAGGAAAGGCAAAAGAAACGUCGAUUGGCAGAUGGGUAUGCUGCAGCUGGAGCUGGAGGAGUUGUCCGGGAGACUCAGGCGGCUGGCCUAGGAAGUUUCCUGAGAAGAACAGCUCGCAGUAUCGUAGACAUGCCCUGGCAAAUUGUGCAGAUUGGGGAGAGCAGCCAACCAGGACUGUUCCGCCUUUGGGCUGUCAUAGGCAGCGAUCUACACUGCAUCAAACUCAGCAUCCCACGUGUCUUUUAUGUCAACCAACGAGUCCCAAAACCAGAGGAGGGUUCUGUUUACAGAAAGGUCAACCGGAUUCUCCCUCGAAGUAACCCUGUAUACCAUCUGUAUGAAUACACAGUACCAGAGGAUAUGUAUCAGGAACACAUCAAUGAGAUCAAUGCAGAUCUGUCUGCUCCAGAUAUUGAGGGUGUAUAUGAGACACAGGUUCCCUUGCUGUUGCGUGCAGUCACCCAACUGGGUUGUGUCUGCAUGGUAAACAAGCAGCUUAUCCGGCAUCUCUCUGGACGAGAAGCUGAAACAUUUGAAUUGGACCACUUGGAAAUGAAGUCACUAGCUCAGUACAGCUACCUGGAACCAGGAAGUAUCAGGCACAUUUAUUUGUAUCAUAAUUCUCAAGGAAAUAAAGCUUUGUUUGGUCUCUUCAUCCCAUCCCAGCGUAAAUCUGCAGUUUUUGUGGUGGAUACGGUGCGUAGUAAUCAAAUGCCAAACCUUAGCAGUAUGUAUACAGCAGAACGCACAGCUAUGCUGGAGAGAGUAGAUUCUGAGCUGCUGCCGCCAGAAAAGCAUGUCUUUGAGGUGCGAGCAGAAACAGACUUGAAAACGGUCUACAGAGCUAUCCAGAGAUUACUCCUGAGCUAUAAGGACGAAAGACGAGGUCCUACUUUGAUUGCCAUGCAGUCUAACUGGCCAUGGAAGAGGUUGGCUGGAGGAAUGCCUGUUCUGGAAGAAUUCCCUCUGGUCCCUGUGCGUGUGACAGAUGACAUCAGCUACAGUGUCCUCGACUGGCAGCGUCACGGAGCUCGGCGCAUGAUUCGUCAUUACCUUAACUUGGACAGCUGCCUAUCCCAGGCAUUUGAGAUGGCCAGAUAUUAUCACCUUCCUGUGGGUAAUUUGCCAGAUGAUGUAUCCACUUUUGGAUCUGACCUGUUCUUUGCAAGACAUCUUCGCCGACACAAUCACCUGCUUUGGAUGUCCCCUAGCACCCGACCAGAUCUUGGUGGCAAAGAAGCAGAUAAUAACCGUCUGGUAAUGGAGUUUGAUGAAAGAGCCUCUGUGGAAAUCAACAACUCUGGUUGCUACAAUACUGUGUGUGUGGAGCUUGAUAUCCAGAGCUUGGCUGUAAAUAGCAUCCUCCAGUCCCACCAUAUUAAUGAUCUAGAAGGUGCCGGCAGCGUGGGAAUCAGUUUUGAUGUCCUCCAGCAGGCGUCGCUUGAAGAUAUGGUUACUGGAAAUCAAACCAACACUGUGGCCAGCUACGAUGAGACAGCACUCUGCUCAAACACCUUCAGAAUUCUGAAGAGUAUGGUUGUAGGUUGGGUGAAGGAGAUAACACAGUACCACAACGUUUAUGCAGAUAACCAGGUUAUGCACUUCUACCGCUGGUUGAGAACCCCAUCUUCCCUACUAUAUGACCCUGCUCUUCACCGAACCCUACACAACAUGAUGAAGAAGUUGUUCCUGCAACUAGUGGCAGAGUUCAGACGGCUUGGCUCCUCUGUGGUUUAUGCAAAUUUUAACCGCAUUAUUCUCUGCACCAAGAAGCGUCGCGUGGAGGAUGCAGUUGCUUACGUAGAGUAUAUUACUCAAAGCAUACACUCACGGGAGCUCUUUCACUCUCUCACUAUUUCGUUUUCGCGCUGCUGGGAGUUUUUGCUCUGGAUGGACCCUGCGAAUUACGGUGGCAUCAAAGGGAAGCUUCCUUCCAGUGUUCACUAUGGAGAGAAAGUAGAAAAGAAGAAUGAUGAGGGCAGUGAAGAUGAGGAAGACGAAGAUGAAGAUGAAGAUGUUCCUUCAGACCGGGAGGAACCAGUGGAUGAAGUUGAAGAGGCUUUGGAGAAUAGCUGGAAUAUUUUACAGUACUUGCCACAAACAGCCUCUUGCCAAAGCUACUUUCUGAUGAUCAUCUCCGCAUAUGUUGUGGCCGUGUAUCAUAGCAUGAGAGAGGAAAUUAGAAGGAAUGCGCCUGGGAGCACUCCAAUCAAACGAAGACAGCAUAGUCAGGUUUCGCAAGAACCGGAAGGAGAAACUGGAGCCAUGCCUGGUCUUAUCACCUUUUCCCAGGAUUACGUGGCUAAUGAGUUAACACAGAACUUCUUUACCAUCACACAGAAGAUACAGAAGAAGGUGACUGGGACUCGCCAUGCAACAGAGCCCUCGGAUAUGUUUCCCAUUUUACCAGGGUCUUAUCUUCCUUUCAACAAUCCAGCCUUAGAAUUCAUCAAAUGUGUGUGUGAGGUAUUGUCUCUGGAUUCAAAUAUUACCAACCAGGUCAACAAACUGAAAAGAGAUCUCUUGCGGCUAAUCGAUGUAGGGGAGUUCUCAGAAGAUGCACAGUUCCGUGACCCCUGUCGAUCCUAUAUAUUACCAGAGAUCAUUUGCAGGAAUUGCAAUUUCUGCCGGGACCUUGAUCUGUGCAAGGACCCUUCAUUUGGUCAGGAUGGGUCUGUGGUUCCUCAAUGGGUUUGCACUAACUGCCAGAGUGAGUAUGAUAUUGACAGCAUAGAAAUGGCCCUGGUCGAAGCUCUACAGGAAAAGCUUAUGACCUUCACAUUACAGGACUUGGUUUGCACAAAGUGUAAGGGUGUAAAAGAAGAAAAUAUGCCCGUGUAUUGCAACUGUGCAGGAGAUUUCAGCCUCACUAUUUCUGUAAAGGCAUUCACAGAGCAAGUUGACACAUUUCGCAAUAUUGCACAGCAUUAUAAUAUGCCCCAUCUCUUGGAGACCAUUGUUUGGCUGAUGCAGCAAAAUCCUCAGUUGAACAAGUGAUGCCGUCGGACAAGGAUGGAGCCAUUUUGUAUUUAUGUAUAGUCCCCUGAGAACCUGGUUGGUUUAUGACCACCACCCUCUGUUUUUU